GACAUGGCGCGCCGGCAGGACGAGCAGAGAGCCGGCACGCCCUUGAUGGCGGAAGGCAAGUCCGAUGGCGAGGUUAAACUCAUUCUGUAUCACUGGACGCACUCCUUCAGCUCUCAAAAGGUUCGCUUGGUAAUUGCUGAAAAGGCAUUGAAGUGCGAGGAACAUGAUGUAAGUCUGCCACUGAGUGAGCACAAUGAGCCUUGGUUUAUGCGUUUGAACUCAACUGGAGAAGUGCCUGUCCUUAUCCACGGGGAAAACAUAAUUUGUGAGGCCACUCAGAUCAUUGAUUAUCUUGAACAGACUUUCCUGGAUGAAAGAACACCCAGGUUAAUGCCUUAUAAAGGAAGCAUGUAUUACCCACGGGUGCAGCAUUACCGAGAACUUCUUGACUCUUUGCCAAUGGAUGCCUAUACACACGGCUGCAUUUUACAUCCUGAGCUCACUGUGGACUCCAUGAUCCCAGCUUAUGCAACCACAAGGAUCCGCAGCCAAAUUGGUAACACAGAAUCUGAACUGAAGAAACUUGCUGAAGAAAACCCCGAUUUACAAGAGGCAUAUAUUGCCAAACAGAAACGGCUUAAAUCAAAGCUACUGGAUCAUGACAAUGUCAAAUAUUUGAAGAAAAUUCUAGAUGAAUUGGAGAAGGUCUUGGAUCAAGUUGAAACUGAGUUGCAAAGAAGAAAUGAGGAAACCCCAGAAGAGGGCCAACAGCCUUGGCUCUGUGGAGAAUCGUUCACGCUGGCUGAUGUCUCCCUUGCUGUCACACUGCAUCGGCUGAAGUUCCUGGGGUUUGCAAGGAGAAAUUGGGGAAAUGGAAAACGACCGAACUUGGAAACCUAUUAUGAGCGUGUCUUGAAGAGAAAAACGUUCAACAAGGUUCUAGGACAUGUCAACAAUAUAUUAAUCUCGGCAGUGCUGCCAACAGCAUUCCGGGUGGCCAAAAAAAGGGCCCCAAAAGUUCUUGGCACCACCCUUGUGGUUGGUUUGCUUGCAGGAAUGGGAUACUUUGCUUUUGUGCUUUUCAGAAAGAGACUCGGCAGCAUGGUUUUAGCACUUAGACCCAGACCACAUUAUUUCUAGGCUUGUUGGCAUUUGGUGGUGGCAACUCAUCCAGCCACUCAGCUACACCUUUGUCUACUCUCCCAGACCCAGUGAAGAAUGAUCCUGGGCAAUAAGUAGACAGAAUAAUUUACUUUACUCUUUGGAUAGUUUAUGUGAAAAGAGGAAAUUAUGAAAUGGUUUUGUGGACUGGACAGAUGACUUAUUUAUAAGCCUGAACAAAUCCAUCC